AGGAGCACUACCAAAGGAUCAUGUUGCGCAUCACUUUGAGUCACUGGUUCGCCUUAAUCUUCACUGGCACCUGCUUGAUCGUGCCUCUAGUCGAGAAGGCGGGCCGUGGAGACCUGCUAUAUGAGUGCUACACCUCGAACCGCGUUCCGAGAUAUAUUCUCUUUGAUCCCAAGACCUCGCUGUCUCUGUGUCUGGGCUCGGUGACUCUGGUGUUUCUCCUGGUCGUGCGCUUUGGAAAUCGGAACAACAAGUCAGUGGACAAGAAGGAGGACGGAACACACUCACAGACCGAUCCUAGCGCAACGACUACUGUCGCUAGCACGACAGGAGCUCCAGGCGGUGCGAAUGCGGCGUCCUCAAAGGUGCCUACGACUAACUCAAAGCGGAGAGAGCGUGAGGAUUCACCACUGGCUGGCACUAUACCACUGCCUCCUACGGCGAAUGCAGCUGUUAAGCGGCCAUCUAAAU